GCUCCUCGCAUCUUCCCUUCCACUUUUUCCCGCAACAAACAAGUCCGGACGUGUGUUGGACCGUGUAACUUUAGUUCAGCUGCUAAAAUGCCGAAGAGAUCGUGUCCGUUCCCUGAGACCUUCUCCUCUCAGUACAAAGUACACGUAAGACAACAGGAGCUGAACAACUUCGGAGUGUUCGGGAACAAAUACCGGCAGGAAAUCUACGAGAAGACAAAGAACUUGCUCUUUAACGGAGCCAAGGUCGUGAUGGACAGAAUCUGGACCGGAGAGGAGAAGUCCACGGACCCGCAGUCAGCAGGACCAGCUGAGACACCCGCAUGUAACCAGACCCUGCUGAGAGGACAGACUCUGAUUGGACACGAUGGGAGACUGACGAGAGUAAACGCUGCACCAGGUACACCAGCGAUUCCUGCAGGCUGCUGUGUUUGUCAGAAGAGCCAGGGCUCCAGGACCCCGUGCUCCCAAUGUGACCGCCCAGUGUGUUCCUCCUGUACGCGACAAUGCUCGAGCUGCUCCAGCUUCUGCUGCUCCGUCUGCACCAUCAUAGAUUACAGCGGACAAUAUGAUGAAGUACUGUGCUGCAGCUGCUCGACAUAAAGGAGGAUCAAAGGACUGAUCAGGAGUUUAUGCUUGAAUAUGUAUCUAAUGUAUAUUUAGUUAUGAGACACGACAUAUUGCUCAGACUACAUUUUAUACCUGUGGUGUUUUUUUUAACAAUGUGAUCAAAAUCUUGUAUAUGUGUAUAUGUAUUCCUUUUCAAAAGUAACUGAAAUAAACUUGAACUAUUUUGUACACAG